UGGGAUAGGUACUCAGGUACCUAAUCUACAGCUACCUUUCUCCAUUUAAUUCUGUUCAACUUCCAUCAUCCAUCCAUCCACGCCCUCUCCAUCUCAACUCUUCUUGAACUCUGUCGCUAAUAAUAUCUACGUUCAAUUGUGUCGCAAAACUUACCAGAAGAAUUAAGUCAAUUUAAUUGAAUUAUUUUAUCAGCCAGUCAACCGUUAUGGAUCUUGUCUCGACCAUCCGCAAGACGGGCUCGCGCGGUGGGGUCAACUUCAAUUGGGAGGAUGUCGCCACUUCAACUCACCGCGAGAACUACCUGGGUCACAGUUUGAAAGCCCCCGUCGGACGUUGGGCAAAAGGCAAAGAUCUUACUUGGUAUGCGAAGGCCGAUUCAUCAACAAGCACAGAGACAGAGCAGGAAAAGGCAGCUCGGGAGCGGAAAGAAGAGCUCAAAAGAAUUAAAGAGGCGGAAGAAGAUGCGAUAGCUCGUGCGCUAGGAUUGCCCGUUCCUCCCCGAAAUGCUACUGGCGCAAAUGCUGUACAUGUGAGCGAAGGAAGAGGUGUUGAGGAUAGCGGCAAUAAUUCUACCGCAACUUCACGAGAUACCAAACAAUUACCCAACGAUACACGGCAGACAUCCACCAAGCAACACGACUCUGGACGGCACCACCGGAGGAGACAUAGGAGCAGGAGCCGCAGCCGAGAAAGACACCGGGACCGAUCACCAAGAAGACGAGACGGCCACCAUAGUCAUAGAUCAAGGGAAGAAAAAGACGACAGACAUGACCAUCAUCGGAGGCAAAGAAGUUACAGUCCCGAACGGAAUGACCAUAGACACAGAAGGCCACACCGAAGAGAACACAGCCGAUCCCGGAGUCCGGAGAGAGCCAAGCGGAGAAGAGACGGGAAAGAAAGUUUUAGACCUAGAUCAAGAGAUGGGCGAUCAAGGCGAAGUAGAAGCCCUCAGCAGCGCAAGAGGAGGAGUUCCCCAGAUGAUCAUCAUCGACGGCCAUAAAAUAAGUAUAUGAGCUAUGAUUAUACGCUGUAUUAUCUUAUUUAAGUGUGCAUUUCGGGUUAGCGGGUAGGUGUAAUAGGACAUGUUAGAGUUCAAAGUACAAGACAAUCUGGAUAGAUAGAAAUACCCAGUUUAUCCACGAGAUAUCUUCAUUACAGGUACCUAAGGUACUUAUCUAUGGAAUAAUUCUCGAAUUCAUCAGGUAUUAUAUGCUUAAAAAGAGCACAAAUUCCAAUGGAAUAUUCGCAUGGGAUCUACUGAAUAGGGAGUUUAAUGUCAAAUGUUAGACCAACGUUCUGUAGUACUAGGUAUCUACCUAGGUACCUCUUAGGUAACUUAAUGUACGAUUUGUAGUUC